UCCUCAUAUUCUCGACUUUUCUCAAGAAACAAACAAAUAAAAAGAUGACAUGAUUGUUUCCAGUCUGUUUCAAUUUUAAAACCCACUUGCUAAAAAGAGAAAACUUCACUCCCACCCACAUUCUGAUUUCUGUUUUGUGUUCAUAAAACACCCAUUUCCAGAGCCUCAUUGGUGAAGUUUUUUUAAAAAAAUUCUGUAUCAGUAAUACAUCCAUUACCACUUCAUUCUUCUUGGCUCAGAUCUGAACUUUAUGGGUUUUGUUCUUAAAGAAAUGGGUUAUUGAAGAAAAGAAGUUGGUGGGUUUUGGCUGUCAACAAAUGUUUCAGGAGGUAUCAAAUUCUUUGAUGAGUUUGUUGAAGGUAACUUAAUGUUUAUGCUACAAGUUGUUUGAAUGCUGUUUGAGACACUAGCAAAUUUCUGUUAUUGAUUUUUUAUAUAUGAACCCUUGUUGAUUUCUUGGAUACAUUGUUGCUAAUGUGAUUCAAGAGUUUUCAUGCUUUCUUUGAUUCUUUUUUGUUGAAUAUCUCUUGGUGGUUGCAUUUCAAGUUUGGGGUCUUUCUUUUCCAAAUGCUAGAAAAUAACAGAUAGAACCCUAGGGUUUUGUAGGAUUGGUGUAUGAUGAAAGUCCUAGGAAGGGAGGUUGUGGGACUACUUGUUCUGGUGAUGGUUUCGGUAUUUGUUACCAUUGGAGAAGCCCAGCCUUCCCAGGCAAAGUCUGUUUUGGUCAAUUGUGGUUCAAAUUCUAGUGUUAAUGUUGAUGGUAGGAGAUGGGUAGGUGACUUGGCCCCUAAUAACAAUUUAACACUCAGUACUCCAGGCAUUGCGGCCUCCACUGCCACAUUUGGCGGGGAUUCAGCCUCUGCACCGCUGUAUAAAAGUGCCCGGAUGUUUACUGAUAGCUUGAAUUACACAUUUGGAGCUACCCAAGGAAAUUAUUUUCUUAGGUUCCAUUUCUUUCCUUUCUCCUUUGAGAAUUAUGAUGUGAAUAAAUCCUCUUUUGAUGUUGAGGCAAAUGGACUCAAAUUAGUCUCGAAGUUCAAUGUCCCGGGAGAGAUUUUGCACAAGAAUUCAUAUUUGGCGAGGUCAGGAAGCAACUCAAGUUCAUUGACUUUCAUUAAAGAGUACUUCCUCAAUGUUGAGUCUGGUAGUCUAGUGAUUGAGUUCAUCCCAAGUAAAGGAUCAUUUGGAUUUGUGAAUGCCAUAGAAAUUGUCCCAGUUACAGAUAAGCUUUUUGUCGAUCAAGUUAACAAAGUAGGUGGAAAUGGUGCAAAUACUUAUCUGAAUUUGAACAAAAGAGGGAUUGAAACUGUGUAUAGAUUGAAUGUUGGGGGUCCUGAGAUUGAACCUGACAAGGAUUUAGAUCUUUGGAGAACGUGGGAAGGGGAUUCAAGCUACAUGUUCACAGCAGAUGCCGGGGAAAAAAUCAUUAACAGCUCUAAUAUUACCUACGCUUCCAGCAAUGAUACCUCAGUGGCUCCUCUUCUAGUGUACGAAACAGCACGAAUUAUGUCCAAUACUGAAGUCCUGGAUAAGAGAUUCAACAUGUCAUGGAAAUUUGAAGUGGAUCCUGAUUUUGAUUAUCUGAUCCGAUUACAUUUCUGUGAGCUGGUUUAUGACAAGGCGAACCAAAGAGUCUUUAGAAUCUUCAUUAACAAUCGGAGUGCGGCAGAUAAUUUUGAUGUUUUUGCACGAGCAGGUGGGAUGAACAAAGCGUAUCAUCAGGACUACUUCGAUGUGGUGUCCACAAAAAUCAGCACCCUUUGGAUACAACUAGGUCCUGAAGCAGGAGGCAGUGGUUCAGGAACUGAUGCUCUCUUAAAUGGGCUGGAGGUUUUCAAGCUGAGUCGAAAUGGGAAUCUCGCCUAUGUAGAGAAAUAUGGUGAAAAUUCAGGAGGCAACGGGACUUCACAACGCUUAAUCCUUUGGGUGGGAAUUGGAGCAGGUGUAGCUUCUGUUGUCAUUAUUGCAGCUUUAUUGACUCUUAUCUUUCGCUUCUGCAAGAAGAGGAGAAACAAACAGAGAGACUCCAAAAACAAUACUCCUGGAUGGUGGCCACUUUUCCUUCAUGGGGCUGUUGUCAAUAGCACUGCCAAUGCCAAGAGAUCAGGGGGGAAUCAAAUUUCAUACGGGUCUGUGGCUUCUACUAGAGUGGGCAGGCGGUUUACGUUUGCAGAGAUUAAAGCAGCAACAAACAAUUUCAAUGAUAGUCUAGUGAUUGGUGUAGGAGGAUUUGGUAAGGUGUACAAAGGGGAAAUUGACAACGACACCCUUGCAGCUAUUAAGCGCGCAAAUCCACAAUCUGAGCAAGGCCUUGCAGAGUUUGAAACGGAGAUUGAGAUGCUUUCAAAGCUGAGGCAUAGGCAUCUAGUCUCCAUGAUUGGGUUCUGUGAUGAACAGAAUGAGAUGAUUUUGGUCUAUGAGUACAUGGCAAAUGGGACCCUCAGGAGUCAUUUAUUUGGGAGUGAUGUUCCACCAUUAAGCUGGAAGCAACGGCUGGAAGUGUGCAUUGGUUCUGCCCGGGGACUGCAUUACCUUCACACAGGAGCAGAGCGAGGAAUUAUCCAUAGAGACGUUAAGACAACAAACAUAUUGUUAGAUGAGAAUUUCGUGGCGAAAAUGGCUGAUUUUGGGUUGUCAAAAACUGGUCCUGCUUUGGAGCAUACACAUGUUAGUACUGCAGUGAAAGGCAGCUUCGGAUAUCUUGAUCCAGAAUAUUUCAGACGACAGCAAUUGACUGAGAAAUCCGAUGUUUACUCUUUUGGAGUAGUUUUGUUUGAAGUUGUGUGUGCUCGAGCUGUUAUAAAUCCUAGUUUGCCAAAAGAUCAGAUCAAUCUUGCAGAAUGGGCAAUGCGGUGGCAACAGCAGAGAUCACUCCAAACCAUCAUUGACCCACAUCUUGACGGGAAAUAUUGUCCAGAAUCAUUAAUGAUAUUUGGGGAGAUUGCAGAGAAGUGUCUUGCUGAUGAGGGGAAGAACCGGCCUACGAUGGGAGAAGUUCUGUGGCAUUUGGAGUCUGUAUUGCAAGUUCAUGAAGCUUGGAUGCAUGCCAACGCCGCCACCAGGAAUUCUUUUUCCAGUAGUCAGGUUGUGGAGAAUGUUGAAGAGAGAGAAGCUGAAUGUGGCCAGCACAGUGCAACUUUAGAUGAAGAAAGCAAUGUGGACUUGAAAAUGAAGGAAGGGAAAGAAGGUGCAUUAAUGGGAACUGAUGGAUCAGAUGGUGUGGUUGGAGUUGAUGAAUUUUCACAGCUGGUUAAUCCACAGGGAAGGUGAAAACUAGUGAUGUGAUCAGCAGUCAUGUUGUUACUAGCCUAAAUUGUUUAAUUCUUUUUUUCUACUCAAGUCCAUUUAAACUUGAGAUUUACAUGCAUAUUAUUAAUGGUUUCCCAAUUAGAGGGGGCAGCAUGUAGAAAUGAUGUGAUGUCUCAAAUAUUACAUGCAUAUAAGUUUUGUAUCCAUUUGGUUUUUGGUUUCAUUUGUUGUUGGGAUUUUUCUCUAGGGCUCAUGUUCUUUUGUUCUUGUAUGCAUAAUGUGCUUUGAUGUCUGCAGCCAGUGCUUUAAAGAAGAGAAAU